AUUACAGAUGGAUCACUAGAAAAAGUCCAAUCAACAGUUGACAUUCAAUGGAAUAAAAUUCAUCUGACUGAUGGCUAGGAUCAUUUGACUCGUGAGGUUUUUAUUGUAUGGCCAUCCAUGACAUGUUGCAAUAGAUUAACAAUCUGGUUUGUUUACAUGUGUGCCAUGUUGAGUGGUUAGUACUAGUGUUGGCAUUACCAUUUAGCCCUGGAUAGUUUCUCCUGAAUACGGCAGUAUUUCCAGAAAAAAUUGCCUGCGGGGAUGAAUUUUGAUAAGCCUUUAGUUGAGAAAGGACGUUCUCUAGAGCUACUUCUAUUACUGUGGUUAUAUUUUUGGCAGAUUUUUGGUAUGCAUGUAUGUACAAACUCUAAAAGGGCAAGGGGAAGGUCCAAAGUCACGUGGGUAGAGGUAGUAAGAAAAGACUUGAUGACCUAUGUCAAACUGAAAUUAUGUCCCUUGAUAGAAUGGAAUGGCGGAAAGGUAUUCAUGUAGCCAACCCCAAUUAGUUGGUAUAAGGUUUAGAUGAUAUUGAUGAUGAUGAUGAUAAUGUAUGUGUAGAUAUUUGUGACGUAUGCAUGUACAGGUGUGUCUUUGUGCACGUGUGUCCUUUCAAUGAAUGUGGAAUAAUUUCUUUAAGUUUACAUGUAGGUGGUGGGGGAUUUUGAGAUGUUUUGGUUUUAAAUGCUAGGAGGGCAAAUGGGACCAGCUAAAGAGGAGCUAUUUGAAGUGACUACACGGUUUUGGCAUGUGGCUGCCAUAUAAAAUAUGAACUGUUGAGGAAAAGUACUCAUUGGUGCUCCUGGAGUUGUAAAAAUGGAAACAAAACAGAAGAUCUUGGAAUUCCGAGAUAGACUGGAUAAAACUCUAGCAUCGCCCAAUCUUACAAAUGAGGAGUCAAUCAAGAGCCUUGUCAGAAAUCAACUCCUACGUUCAUCCUCCUGUGAGACUGAAGGAGACAUUGAAGAUGUCGUCCGAAGACGGACCACACAAGUUUCAAAUUUUCUCGAGAUGUCAAGGAGUGCUUCAGGGACUCAUGGAGCAUCACACGGCGAUUGGAAGUUAAAACAGGAUAGUGAUCAGCUCCGUGUUAUGUACCGGGAAGGGCCUGAAGGCUCUCCAUUUCAUACACUACUGGUUGAAGGCUAUGUCGAUGGACCUAUUGAUGUCUGUUUGUGUGUCUCAUGGGAGUCGACACUUUUUAACAAAUGGUGGCCACAAUUUAGGAUUCCACCUUUCAAGAUUGUACAGUUGACAUGUUUGAAACAGGUCCGCAUCGGUGAAGAGAUUUCUCUUGUGAGGGUGAAGGUGCCAUGGCCGGUCUCGGCAAGGGAGGCUAUUGUACACUUCUUUGAGCUUGACUGUUUCGACGACGAUCUCAUCAUUGUGCUUAUCAACACGGUCUCUGACAAAGAACAUAUUGAUGUACGCACUCAUGGGUUCACAAGUGAUGGGAUCCCUGAAGCAAAGGAUAUAGUACGGAUAGAUAUGGUGGGAGCCAUGGCUUUACAGAAAGUGAGCUCUAACAAAAGCUACUUUCGGACAAUAGCGAAUUUUGAUAUCAAGCUCGAUUUUAUCCCUGCAACAUUUAUAAACUUCGUCUCGAGGCAGCUCAUAGGAAGUGGUUUUAAGCUUUAUCAAAAGGCAGUUGCCUCUGUGGCACAGGGUGAUGAUGAUUUCAGAAAGGCCUUGGAGGAGAAAGCAAUGUUUAUUCGAAUUCGAGAAAAUCUAAAAUCCCACAAUAAAGGGAAGGAUGCGAAAGUUCUCGAUUAUGAAAAUUCUACCAGUGUCCUCACCGAAGAACAGGUGGUUGAAACGGGACAUGCAGAUACAUCAGUAGAUAUAAAACCAACAAUGGUCAGUGAAAUUGAGGAUGAGACCGAACAGGUUGACCAUUUGGAGGUGGACCAGCUUAUGCAUCAAUCCUCAAUGAAUGAAAUUCCCAAACAGCAUCAUGAAAUUGAGGAUGAGACUGAACAGGUUGACCAUUUGGAGGUGGACCAGCUUAUGUGUCACUCUUCAACGAAUGAAAUUAGCAAACAGCAUCAUGAAAUUGAGGAUCAGACCGAACAGGUUGACCAUUUGGAGGUGGACCUGCUUAUGCAUCAAUCCUCAAUGAAUGAAAUUCCCAAACAGCAUCAUGAAAUUGAGGAUGAGACUGAACAGGUUGACCAUUUGGAGGUGGACCAGCUUAUGUGUCACUCUUCAACGAAUGAAAUUAGCAAACAGCAUCAUGAAAUUGAGGAUGAGACCGAACAGGUUGACCAUUUAAAGGUGGAUCUGCUUAUGCAUCAAUCCUCAAUUAAUGAAAUUCCCAAGCAGCAUCAUGAAACUGAGGAUGAGACCGAACAGGUUGACCAUUUGGAGGUGGACCAGCUUAUGUGUCACUCUUCAAUGAAUGAAAUUGCCAAACAGCAUCAUGAAAUUGAGGAUGAGACCGAACAGGUUGACCAUUUGGAGGUGGACCUGCUUAUGCAUCAAUCCUCAAUGAAUGAAAUUCCCAAACAGCAUCAUGAAAUUGAGGAUGAGACCGAACAGGUUGACCAUUUGGAGGUGGACCAGCUUACGCGUCACUCUUCAAUGAAUGAAAUUGCCAAACAGCAUCAUGAAAUUGAGGAUGAGACCGAACUGGUUGACCAUUUGGAGGUGGAUCCGAAUGAAAUUGGCAAACAGUAUCAUGAAAUUGAGGAUGAGACCAAACAGGCUGACCAUUUGGAGGUGGACCAACUUAUGCGUCACUCUUCAAAGAAUGAAAUGGCCGAACAGCGCCAUGUCAGCAAAGAGGGUUAUUUUAUUAGUCCUGAGGUUGAGCAAGCUUUGAGCAUAUUAGACAAGGCCAUUGCUCUUGCUCGGGGAUGUGGGCAGAACGUUGAUUACAGAAUAGAGCCCUCUUCCACCAAGCAGAAGAUAGUGAAUUUGGACAGGGUUGGAAAGUCUGGCUCGACUUCUUCCGAUGAGGCCCAGGUCUGGUUUGAUGCAAGGGAUGCACCAAAUAUGGAUGACAUGGAUAAGCCUUCUGGCAAGACUCAUGAUGAUUCUACAAUUCACAAUUUCAGGGGCGCUGAUACGGAUCUUCCCUCAAGUGAAGCAGACAACUCCCAAAAAGAAUUGGCCUCACUGAAUUCAAAUCAUACAAUUUCAGACAAAAUUCAAGAGGAAGUCUUAAGCUCUUCCCACAACGGCGUGACCAAUACUAGCAUGUUAGUUGCACCAAUGCCGCAGAGGAUAAAUGGGGUCCACAAAAUAGUGGAAAUCAGGGGCAAUGGGGCCCACGAGAGUAGUCUUAAUGGCAUUGGUGAGAAACAUAAGCAAAAGAAGAAUAAGAAGCGACGAAUCUGUUGCUUGUUGUAAACUUAGAGGGACUACACUGUGGAAAGCAAAGAAGAACAAGAAGCAAAGAAUCCAUUACUUAUUGUAAACUUAGAGGAAUUACAUUGUGGAAAGCUUGAAUGUGUUGUAACAAGAGAAUCACAAAUAGAUAGAAGAUUGAGAGAAUUACAAAUAUAUACAAGAUUCUGCAUCUUAAUAGAUAAAUUCAAAGAUAUUUUACAAUUACAUCACAA